GCUUUGAAUGUUGAUGACAAAGAUCCAGAAACCAAGGAAGAAUUAUACGGCAGUCAUGACCAGAAAAUAAUGGAUGCUGAAAUACAAGCGCCAGAAUCAAGGGUAAAAACCCAAAAUGCUGAAACUCAAACAACUGAAUUUGAAUAUUUAUUUAAGCAAGUAGUCCUGUAACCUUUUACUGAGGAACAUUUUGCUAAUCAUGACGACAGAGUGAGGUUUACACUGGAUUGCUCGGUUUUAAUGUGCUCAAAGCAACGUUUUCUUUCAUCAGUCCGUUCGUCACUCGAAGGAGUAAAAGCUUGUCUUUCUGUCUAGAAUUUAUUAUGAUAUUAAUGAAAUUAAGAUCAAAUGUUCCUCUACAAGACCUUGCCUAUGGGUGUGGGGUUUCUCUUAGUACUGUUUCAAGACCCUUCUCCACCUGGUUAACUAUGACGGAUAUCAGGCGUUCCCCUGUCCUCAGAUGGCCUGAACAAGAUGAGCUCCGUCACACAAUGCCUCUUUGUUUGCAGUUCUCAUUUGGAAAAAACCACCAUUAUUAUUGACUGUUUUGAGAUCUUUAUAGAGCGACCUUCAAAUCUUCUUGCAAGAGUACAAACAUUUUCGAGGGUAUCAUUGGACUCCUGA